CUUCGUUGCGCGGAAGCAUCUCGAGCCACUUGCCAUUCGUGCGCGGAAGCAGCUUUACUUGGCCGCCAUUAGUCCUUUAUCCUGGUACGUGUGGCAUCUAGAGUCCGGUUGUAGCGUGAGGGGUGAUUUAAGCGUGAAGUAUAUCAUAUAAACAGAGCAAUGGAAAACGCUGCAAAUGAAAUGAACAUUAAGAAUGAAGAGGAACAUGACCGGAAAGGCCAAAACCAUGCCGGGCAAAACAGUCAUCCCGGUGGCGGUCGUGGUGAAGGCCGGGGCAAUUUCGAUGGCCGAGGUGGUGGAUUUGGUGGUGGCAGAGGCAGAUUUUCGAAUCGUCCCAGAGACGACAACAGAGGCAGAAAUCCUGAUGAUCGACUGAAUGAACGGCUAGCUGCUCUGAUGGCUCCAACUCAUGAUCUUCCACCAAUGGAUACAACAGAAAAAAAAUUCUCCGGCCGCUGCCGAUUAUAUAUAGGCAAUUUAACAGCUGAUGUUACUGACGAUGAAAUCAGGGAAAUGUUUAGUCCCUAUGGAGAAGUGGCUGAACAGUUUGUUAACAAGGAAAAGAACUUUGCUUUUAUACGCAUGGACUACCGUGCAAAUGCUGAAAAGGCAAAGAGAGAACUUGAUGGGUCUCUACGUAAAGGCCGUUCCAUUAAAGUUAGGUUUGCUCCACCUGGAGCUGCUAUAAAAGUUAAAAAUCUAACACCUUGGGUGUCAAAUGAACUUUUAGAGAAGGCAUUUUCAGUAUUUGGAGAUAUUGAAAGAGCUGUUGUCAUUGUUGAUGACCGAGGAAAGUCAAUGGAGGAAGGUAUAGUUGAAUUCGCCCGAAAGCCUGCAGCUCAGAUGGCUAUGCGCAGAUGUGCAGAAGGCUGCUUUUUCCUUACAGCGUCUUUGCGUCCUGUUGUUAUUGAACCAUUUGAACCAUUAGAUGACACGGAUGGCUAUCAGGAGAAAAAUCUGCCCAAGAAGAACCCAGAGUACUACAAGAUGAGAGAAGUGGGACCACGUUUUGCAACACCAGGAAGCUUUGAGUACGAGUAUGGUACACGUUGGAAGCAACUGUAUGACUUGCACAAACAAAAGGAAGAUUCCUUGCGCCGUGAAAUGAAGAUGGAAGAAGAAAAACUAGAAGCUCAAAUGGAAUAUGCUCGCUAUGAACACGAGACAGAGAUGCUGCGUGAACAACUGCGGCAGCGUGAAUUAGACCGUGAACGACAGAAACAAGAGUGGGAAAUGAAGGAACGGCAGGUGGAAGAGCAACGCCUGCAGAUGGAAGAGCGUAUGCGUCGCCAACAGGAAGAAAUGCAGCAUCGAAUGCAUCACCAAGAAGAAGAACUUCGCAGAAGACAACAGGAAAACAAUCUCUUCAUGCAGGCGCAUCAGUUAAACAGUCUCCUGGAACAGCAAGAACAGGCAUUGAGAGCCAAUCCCACAGACUAUGAUGCAGCAGCUGCUGAUCCAGUCAUUCGUGAUUAUGAUGCAGUUGGUGCUGAGGCAGGAACCAUCCCGCCGGUGAGCUAUGAAGAUCAUUGGCAGAGAUACUAUGCUGACUGUGAACACUACUAUUGAUCAGUGCAAUGAUACACAGUGAGAUAAAGGCAUUGACUGAUUUGUGGUUGAAAAUGACUGAGAAGAGCGAAGUGAUAAGACAUCUUAACUACGUGAAAAAGAAAUUUCUGUUUAGAAAUUUAUUCAGUUCACAGAGAGACAGUUGGGCUGGGCCUUUGACAAUUUGCAUACCUCUUCAAAGUGUAGAACAUUGUUUCCUCUACUCAGCAAAAACCUGUGGCUCUGAAAACUGGCAGUACUUUGUGAUCAUUUGUACUGGCUAUACUGGGAGUAUGCUAAGAUACAGAAGCAGUUACCUGAUGCAGUGAGAGGUUGGCAGAAUGGCAUGAGUAAAAAUGUCAAUAGUGCUUAAGGAAAACUCGAAGACUGCAUUUAAACAUGUUCUCAGCACCUGGAGAGUGACAGAGCAUGGUGGGUUAACUCGUCCACAUCUGUAAAAGGGUUGGAGUACCUUUCAUAAAAGUUAAUCAAAUUUGGCACUUCAUCAUGCAUGUAGUUGGUGCAAAAUUGGGUCACCUUUCUAUGAGAGACUAUAAAAAUGGAACCAAAGAAGAUAUCAAGCUGAAACUUCAUACAUAUGCAUCCAAAAAUCAUUGAAUCUACUCAAAAAAUUUCAGUGGAUUCAGAAAUGGUCAAGUGGAGACUAUAUCUGAAACUUGCCCACUUGAAGUGGAAUGACUUGUAGUGCGGUGAAUUUGGAUAGUACUGCCAAAUACCUGUUGAGAUGAUACAAGUGGCAGCAUGGAUGGUUCCACUUGUGAUACUUCUGUGACGUAAUUAAAAAGGUGCCAGAAAAUCUAGAGCUGCAUGGAAGCAUUUUGAUUUAAAGUCCUGCAGCUGAAGAAAGGCAAAACUUCCAGCUACGAUGAAUUAAGUUGGAGUAUCAGCAGGGAAGAUGAUUUCUGGAGCCUUGCUGUCCAGCAUGUUUUUAUACAUUAAAGAAAUGUCAUAACAA